UAUUGGUAUUUAAACUAAAUCGGAAAAAACAUGAAUAAAAAUAAUAGCAAAAGAAUUAUAAUCGACGUAGAUGCAGGAACCGAUGACUAUCUUGCCUUGUUACUACUUUUAUAUGGCGAAAGAAAUGGUAAAGUUAAAAUAGAAGCUAUUUGUUGUUCAAUGGGUAACACUUCUCUUGAAAAUGUGGUGAAAAAUGUAGUACGAUUGCUUGAAACUGUAGGUAGAACAGAUAUUCCUGUUUAUAAAGGAGCCAAUAAACAGCUUAUACUUCCUAAACAUCCAGUUGAUCAAUUUCAUGGUAAAGACGGUUUUGGUGAUUUACACCAUGAUAAAGAUCCGGAUUUAUCCUUAGUGGAGCAGAUUCCAGUUUCCAUUGCAUUACACCAUAUAAUCAGUAGUAAUCCCAAUGAAAUAUAUUUAAUUUGUGUGGGUCCUCUAACAAAUUUAGCUUUAGCUUUAAAAUUAUAUGAUGACUUAUAUUCUAAAAUUAAAGAAGUCUGGAUAAUGGGAGGUAAUGUGACGGCCGUUGGAAAUGUAACUUCAGCUGCAGAAUAUAAUUUUUACAUCGAUCCAGAGGCAGCUUACAUAACACUUGAAUGCUUAAAAUGUCCUAUUUUUAUUCUCCCUUGGGAACCAUGUUUACUGCCACAAAUUCCUUUUGAAUGGAGAUACAAUGUUUUGUCCGAUAAAACCCCAGAAAUGGAACUCUUAACCAGAGCGGAAAAAAAAAUUUAUGCAAAUAAUUUUAAAUUCUGGUUACCUUGCGAUGCUUUUCUCGUUUUUUGUUUUCUGAAUCCUAAAAAACACAUCAUUAAGCAAAGUAUUCAUCAUGCGACCGUGGAAUUAUAUAGUUCAUACACCAGAGGUCAAGUUGUUUUAGAUCAUUUAAAAAACAAAUUGCCUAAUGUAACUAUCGUUGAAAUGCUUGAUGGUGAAUUGUUUAAGGAAUAUAUUCUAAAAGCUACCUCUUCAUAAUGAUAUAAAACUAUGUUUAAAUAAAAUAUUUUUAUUAGCUUGUUUUAACA